AUGGGCCUCAAUACUCAUACUAAUACCGAUUUGGAGAAACUGGAUGUACGAUCUCACGAUAGCGACGAAGGCGAUGCAAGCCUGGAAUCGGUUGAGUUGCCAGAGCCGAAGGAAAGUAAUAACGGAGCGCUGCCUAGCCCCUCGAGCAGCAGCAGCGAAACUUCGGGGACACCUAUAGAGGAGCUUGAUUGGGACUCGCCAGCAGAUGUGAAAAAUCCUCACAACUGGCCGAUUUGGAAACGGGUCUUCCACACCGCGAUUCCCGCCCUCUACGGUUUUGUGGUCACGCUGGCCACUUCUGCAUAUGUUCCAUCAAUUCCCAUCAUAAUGGCAAAAUUUGAAGUGGAAAGAGAGGUUGCCAUCCUGCCUUUGUCCCUGUAUACUUUUGGAUUCGUUGUGGGACCUGUUUUUGCUGCUCCACUCUCCGAACUCUAUGGCCGCCGUAUAAUAUACUGGACAACAUUACCGCUGCUACUGAUAUUUACAGCAAUUGCUGGCGUAUCAAACAAUAUCACACAGUUGAUAGUCAACCGCUUUCUUGCUGCAACCUUUGGCUCAGGAUCGCUGGCUGUCGGUGCAGGUACCAUCGCAGAUAUCUGGUCGCCAACUAGCAAUGGCCGAGCCGCUGUAUUCUUUAUAUUGGCUCCCUUUUUGGGGCCUGCGCUUGGCCCUCUAACCGGUGCAUAUAUCAUCGACGAAUACAACAACAACUGGCGAUACUCGAUGUGGGUAGUUAUGAUCGUCGCGGCGCCCAUACUAUGCGCGGCAGUUUUCAUGCAAGAAACCUCGAAACAGCGAAUAUUGUACCUACGUCAAAAGGCGCAAGGGGUGAAGGUCCCGCGGAAGACUGGCGAUACCCGUCUGCUGCUUGGGAAACUACAAGUAGCAGUCACAAGGCCUUUACAUAUGAUGUGCCUAGAACCUCUAGUAGCCUUCCUAAGCAUCUAUUCUGGCUUUGCCUUCGCCAUGAUGUUUAGCUUCUUUGGCUCCUAUAGCUACGUCUUCCAGGUAGUAUAUGGUUUCAACCAAAAGGAAGUGGGCCUUACCUUCCUCGGCGUCCUGGUUGGUUUCCUCUUCGCCGUUGUCUCCUUCGGUAUUUUUGAUGCAACACUCUACAAGAAAGCCGCCUUUCGUGCAAAGGCUAAACCGGCGCCUGAACACCGACUUUAUACAGCCUUGCUGGGUUCGUUAACGUUGCCGAUUGGGCUAUUCUGGUUCGCCUGGACCCCCCAAAAGUCCAUCCACUGGAUCGUGCCCGUCCUAGCAGGUAUCCCCUUCGGCCUCGGCUCCCUUGGAAUAUUCAUCUCCGUUACAACCUACCUCGUCGACGUCUACCAAGCAAAAAACGGGGCGUCAGCAGUGGCAGCAAAUGGCAUUCUGCGCUACACAUUAGGUGCCAUAUUCCCGCUGUUCACGCUGCAGAUGUAUGAAGCCUUAGGUAUCCAUUGGGCGGGCAGUGUGUUUGCGUUUGUGGCCCUGGCGCUACUGCCUAUGCCGUGGUUUUUCUAUUUCCAUGGACAUAAGUUGAGGAUGAGGAGUAAGUAUGAUACUUUUAAGGGAUGA